GUGGCCCGCGCCGUUCGCGCCUGCGCGGUGCGUCACUUCCGGCCGGCCCACUGGAAGCGGCGGCGGCGGCGGCGAGGAGGGCGAGGCCGCAGGAUCCAGCAGCUGAGCAUCAGGACUGGACAUCCCAGCAAUGACCAGUUCUCCCGUCUCCAGAGUUGUCUACAACGGCAAGAGGAACAGCAGCCCCCGCUCUCCUCCCAACAGCAGUGAGAUCUUCACACCGGCACACGAGGAGAAUGUGCGCUUCAUUUAUGAAGCCUGGCAGGGUGUUGAGCGAGACCUGCGCAGCCAGCUGUCCGGUGGUGAGCGGGGCCUAGUGGAGGAGUACGUGGAGAAGGUUCCCAACCCUAGCCUCAAGACCUUCAAGCCCAUCGACCUGAGCGAUCUGAAGCGCCGGAACACGCAGGACGCCAAGAAGUCCUAGAGCGCCUGGCACCUCCCUGGCCUCCAGAGAUCAGGGCGCACUGAUGUUGGUUUCCUCUGUUCUCGUGGCUCUGCUCCUGGGAGGGGGAGGAGAGUGUGCUCCAGCGGCUGUGAUCCCCAGAGCCAGCAAGAUUGAUGGCCAAGACCCUCCCUUUCCUCUCCAGGGUCUCAAGUUGCCCCUGUCUCUGGGGGAGCAGGGGUCUGGCCAUGUCUGCCCCUGUCCUUUUCCCCUGGCCAGCUGCAUCUUGGGUAGCACCUGGCCCUGCCUAUCCAGCCCUCUCUGCGGUUACCUGCCAUGCCUCACCCCUCUCUCUCCUGGCCACCUAAGGUCGGGAGGGAGAAAAGGGGACUUCUGUUUCUUUGGCCGUUGGACUUGAAAUGACCAGAAAGUAGGACAUGUGCAGCUCCACCUGCAUCCAGUGCGGCUCCCCAUGGAGACUCGCUGGUCUUCUGGCCUGGACAUUUGGGGAGCUCCCCCUCCUGUCCCCACGUCCCUAGUGUCCAUCCUGCCCCUUCCUUGCCUCAGUUUCAGAGUAAUCCGCUCUGAGCCCGGGACAGUGCUGGCUCUAUGAAGGCAAGCAGGCCUCUCCUGGCACCCAGAGCCCUGUGGCCACAGCAGUGCCCUUGGACAGGGCACUAAGGCUGACCCUGAAGGAUUGGUGCUGCCAGGCCUGUCCUGGCUUUCUGGGGUGUGCUGGGAGGAUCACCAAGGCCCUCUUUCUUGCGCCCUUUGAAAUCCAAGUGUCUGUAGCUGUGGAGACGGAGGUGUGUGAAUAAAGGCGGUGGCGCUGGAA